AAUCAAGUGUGAAAAAUAAUAGAGAGAGAAAUUAAGAGGAGCAGUAGUAUAUAUAUAUAUGUAUAUAUAGUACUAGACAGCUAGAUCUAGCAGAAGAGCAUUAGAAAUUAAUUAAGAUGGUGAGAGCUCCUUAUAUUGACAAAAAUGGAAUCAAGAGAGGAGCAUGGAGUUCUGAAGAAGACAAUAAGUUAAGAGCUUAUGUUGAAAGAUAUGGCCACUGGAACUGGCGUGAACUUCCCAAGUUUGCUGGCCUAUCAAGGUGUGGGAAGAGUUGCCGAUUACGAUGGAUGAAUUACCUCAGACCAGAUGUAAGACGUGGGAAUUAUACAGCCGAAGAAGAAAGUUUAAUCAUCAAAUUACAUCAAGAGCAUGGAAAAAAAUGGUCGAUGAUUGCUGCAAAAUUACCUGGAAGAACAGAUAAUGAAAUAAAGAACCAUUGGCACACCCACCUAAAAAAGCGUGCAAUGACUAAUAACACUCAUAAUCCUGACGAUUAUGACCAAAAUCAAUCAAAGUCUCAGCAUUCUAGUGGGUACUCUUCAGGGUGUGAUGAUCAUAACCAUCAUGGAGAAUCAGAAGCUCAGAGUAGUAUUACUACUGAUCUCUCUCCUCAAAUUCUGGAGAGCUCUCAAUACUCAUCAUCAUCGCCAAAUAAUAUUGAAACAACUUCCAUUAGUAGUACUGCUACUGUAAACUCUACUACUGCUGAAGUUGCAGAAGACAUUAGUACCAUACAUGUUGUGUCUAAACUAGAAGCAGAUUCAGUGAUUGAAGAGUACUAUCGUGGAGGAUCAGAUUUCUGGACUGAACCAUUUGUGGAAGAUAACAAUGUACUGUCGACUCAACAUGAGUACUACUGGGCUACAUGCUUUGGAGACGAAGCCAAUAAUAUUGCAUCUUUCUAUAACCUUUCCUUGUAUAAUGAUGAUCAAGCGAUGGGGAACUUCUUAUACCAAUACUAGUGUCCCGUACUACUGUAAGUUGUAAUUAUAUGUGAAAUUUUCUGCUGUAUGUAUAUGUAACCAGUUUCUAGAUCUAUGAUAUCCAUCAUAUAUUAAUAUAUAUAUAUAUGUUUUCUUCCCGUCCCUCUUGAUCGGUUGCAUAUAUAUAUAUAUAUGAUAAUUUUGUAGUAAGCAUUGCCAUAUAUAUAGGGAGAGAGCUAUAUAUAUAUAUAGCAUUAGUUUUAGCUCCUCAAAAAAGGAUUUUGGAAAAAGAUGUGUGUAACAAAGCUGGUUAUAUGUACAAUGGGAACAUGCUGUAGUACUUUGGGUAUAUCUCACAUGCUUGUUGUUUCCCA